AUGGCGACUCCCGAACAUCAUGACCAACAGAUAGACUUUGACCAAGCGGCAUCUCUCUUGCUAGAGUCGCCGCAGUACGGCUACCCCAUAGCUAGCCCGAACUUUGACCAGAUUGGCCAGCUACUGUUAUCACCUAAUUCUGCAUCCUUUGUAGACUCUCUAUAUGGGAGCACCAACCCGUUGGCGAGUGCAGGAAGUAUGGGGCAUGAGGGGUCAAGGAUCUCCUUAGAACUAUUGACAAAUACAGAAACUAUUGCUCUGGAGUCGUUUUUAGAUUCCAUUGCAAACGAACAGACAACGGUUCCUGCUGCUGCUGAUAUUACUACUACUGCUGAUAUUGCUGUCUCAAAGGGCACUUCUAGUAUUGCUACCGAUACUGAUCUGGUGCAGACCACGCCAGCUAGAAAAACGAACAGAGGCAUUGCCCGCCAGACGGCUGUUGGGCAACCUACAAAUUCAAGGAAACUACAACACAAUGAAACCGAACAGCGACGUAGAGACGCAAUCAAGUCGGCCUUUGAUAGGUUGAAUUCUCUUGUUUUAGAUUCAAAGUUCGAUUUGGAAGGACUCACAAGGCCCACCUCCAGUCGCAAACCCAAACGUGUAAGGAAAUCAACAAACCCCAGAAGAAUGAAGAAGAACCAAGUCCUGCUGAUGGCCAUAACCGAGAUAAACCAGCUAAUAAUAGAGAACAAUCUUUUGAAACGCGAAUUGAAUGUAUAA